CGCCGUUAAAAAUAAUUUCUUCAUAAAUUCAAUAAUUUAAUGAGCAAAUCCAUGGAAAGUCCAUUAACAAAUAAUACUGGGGAUAAAUAUGAUUAUAAUCUAUUCGAAAAUACAGACAAGAUUUUUAGUUCAGCGUCUAAAAGACACGAGGACUUAAAAGCUAUGUUAGAUAGUAAUAAAGAUAAUUUAAAGCUCGAUGCCAUGAAGAGGGUUAUUGGGAUGGUUGCUAAAGGUAAAAAUCCAUCUCAUCUUUUCCCACAAGUAGUCAAAAAUGUUGCCUCUAAGAAUUUAGAAAUUAAAAAACUUGUGUAUGUUUACUUGGUAAGAUAUGCCGAAGAGCAACAAGAUUUAGCCUUAUUAUCCAUAAGUACAUUUCAAAAAGGAUUAAAGGAUCCCAAUCAAUUGAUAAGAGCAAGUGCUCUCAGAGUUUUAUCAAGCAUAAGGGUUCCUAUGAUAUCUCCUAUUAUGAUGUUAGCAAUCAAAGAAGGUAUGAGAGAUAUGUCUCCUUAUGUAAGAAAAACUGCAGCUCUGGCUAUACCCAAGCUAUAUAAAUUAGAUCCGGAACUUAAAGAGUCUCUUAUAGAAGUCAUAGAGAAAUUGCUCGCUGACAAAUCAACAUUAGUGGUUGGUAGUGCCAACAUGGCGUUCGAAAUGGUAUGCCCCGAGCGAGAAGAUAUAACCAAACGAUUUUUUUCGCGAAUGUGCAAGCUUUUUUUUCUCGGAGAACGUCACGGACCAGUCAUGGACGAAUGGUCUUGUUGCCACGUGAUUUAUACCCUCACGAGGUUCGCGAGCAGACGAUUGCUAGUUGAUCCACGUAACGCCACUUCCAAAAGUGCAGUGAUUUUCCCCAAAAUAGGCGAUACUUCUAAUUCGACAAACCAAGAGGAGGCCAUCGAAAUUCAUCCCGCGACGCAUCCGGAUUUAAAGUUAUUGCUCAAGAAUUGCAAACCACUGCUACAAUCCAGGAAUUCUGCCGUCGUUAUGUCGGUCGUUCAAUUGUAUUAUCAUUGCGCUCCGUCGGACGAAAUGGGGGCCGUCGUAAAGCCCCUCAUCAGAUUGCUCAGGGGAUACGGAGAGGUGCAAUGUGUAGUUCUGAAGAAUAUCAUUACCUUUUGCGAAAGCCGCCCAUACAAGGCAUUGUUCGAACCCUACAUAAAAUCCUUCUUCGUAAACCAAAACGACCCAACCCACAUCAAAUUACUAAAGCUCGAGAUGAUAACUUUACUUGCUGAGGAAAACAAUAUCGCUAUCAUAUUAAGAGAGUUACAAACCUACGUUAGUAGCCACGACAAAGAAUUUGCGUCAGCUACCAUCGCUUGCAUAGGGAAGUGUGCCCAAAGCAUUCCCUCCAUCCAGCAAACUUGCACGGAUGGACUGCUCAAUCUCAUGCAUUCAUCCAAUGAACGCGUCGUUUCCGAGAGCGUCAUAGUCUUGAAGAAUUUGCUCAAACUCGAUAGUGAUCCCGAAUCCCGUUCGGCCAUUUUAGACGGCGUAUGCGCGUUCGCGGCGUCACCACGUCGCCUAGAAGGUGAGGCGGAAGCAUGCGUACUGUGGCUUCUUUGCCGGUUUGUUGACGACCGUCACCGUGUCGCCCGUUUGCCUGACCUGCUAAGGCUCGGAGCCGCCAGAUUUCCUUACAGGGAUAAUGUGGUUAAACUUCAGAUAUUGAAUUUAGCCUGCAAACUUUACACGUAUUUGACCAGAAAUGACGUGGAAGAAUUCAAAGAACCCAAACAUCAAAAAUUGGUGACCACCGUUGAAUCGCUUGUCAAGUACAUUUUCGAGUUAGCGAAAUAUGAUACGAACUACGACGUCCGCGAUAAAGCACGCAUGCUAAAACGCCUCCUCUUCGACCCCGACUGCGAUUCGGGCCUAAAGGAUGCUAUUUUGGGGAUUUCGCCCUCUAGCGAUGACAAACUCGAUUCACAGAAUGGCGUUAUCUAUAACGGCGAUGGUAUUAUCAGCGAUGACGAUAUUGGCGAGAAGGCCAAUGCUGAUUUAACUGUCAGAGACGACAACAACUUUCAACUGGGAAGCUUAUCCCACUACUUAAAUAGCAAGGUCGAUGCUUAUCGGGGAAUAAACAUCGAAGAAGCCGAAAAAAAUGUCGCGAUUCUGAAUGAUAACGGAACGGCUGGCGAUAUCGAUUGGUGGGGUUCUGAUUUGAACGCGAGCGAGGCGGAAGAAGAAGAAACGGGUAAAAAAGAUCGAAGAAAGGAAACCCUGGUUCCGGCUUCGGAGGAAAAUAGCGAAUACUUUGGCGGGGGAAAGGGCGGGAACGAUGAUUACGAGAAAUUUCUGGAAGAUUCUUCCAUGGAUAACAAUGUUCAGGGUGAGGAAAAAAAUUCGGAAACAGCUGAUAUCGAGUCGGAUACUAGUUCCUCGUCAUCGAGAACGUCAAACUCUUCUAUCAAAUCUUCCAUCGUAGCCCAUUCUUCUCCCGAAAAAAAAACUUUACCCGUGGCCGCCAAGAAUAAAAAAAAUGUUGUCGGAGUCGUUAAAGAUAAUUCUUCCACAGAAAGUUCUGGAAAUUCCAGCGAUAGUUCUGACACUUCUUCUGACACCGAAGAUGAUAAAUUCGUAUUACCCACUUCGGGGUCCCACAAAUCGAAACCUAAGACGACACCCGUUCCCACCCGGUCAUCAAAUAUAGAUGCCUUACUAUCUCUCGAUUUUGGUGACGGUUAUAGUUUCGUUGACUCGACCCUCACGCCCGUGAGCGAUUUUGGCGCGUGCGACGAAAAAAAAGAUAAAUCGACUACGAUAAACGAUUCCUUCGCCAAAUUAUCCACAAAUUCUGGUUCCGUUUAUCAGCCUUGCCCUCCUUCCUUCUUGGCCUCGGAUUACACAAUCUUGAACGAGGAUCUUCCUUCCGAUUUUAAAAUCUCCUACAAACUCUGUCGGAAGACUCACAUAUACGCUUCCAACAUGCUGAGCGUGGAGUUGAAGUUCGCUAAUUUAUCGUCCCACGCGGUCAAAAAUAUUAAAUUCGCGAAAGCUAUACUGAACACCGGCACUUCGGAAGGCGUCGCGUUUAGACCUUUCUAUGACAUUGCUAUCCUCAAACCCGGACAAGAUGUUCUAGCUAAUCUAGGACUCGAUUUUGGUGACAGCUUACAAACGGCUCAUUUUCCCGUUCGCUACGUGCCCACAAGUGGCGAUAGAGCGAAGGCCAAUCAAAACGACAUGGAAAUGCCGAGCGAAACGACCAAGAGUAUAGACGUCGCUAUAACGGCUCCUUUGGGGGAGCAAAUGUACCCAAUCAAGAUGAAUUUCGAUCAAUUUACUAUCGAACAAUCCAAAUUGAAGGGUCUAAAUGAGACCUGCCAAACAAUCACUUAUUCCUCGCCUCGAUGUGACAUUAUAUCCCAACCCGACUUGCUCCAAAAAUUCAGGACAAUUUUACUCAAAUCUUUCAAUAUGUUUGCCAUAGAGCAGCUUCGAUCGAACGAGAACCCCCACAAAAAUUCAUUGUGUUUCGCCGCCAAAACGAUAUCUCGCGGACUCCUUGUACUGCUUCAAAUCGAAAGCGGUGCUAUAGACGUUCCCAUUAUUUCCCCCCGUGACGUCAAUGACAUAAGUAGCUUUCAUAUGAAAGUCAGGGUUAAUUGCGAAAAAAUGAUAUUUGGGAAUGGCCUGGUGAAAGAAGUGACGACAUGUGUCAAAGCCUUUCUCCUUAGCGCCGCCGCUGCCACCAAUUGAAAAAGAACCAGAUUUUUAAAAAAAAAUAUAUAUUAUAAUAUAUUGUAUUAGUUUAUAUCGACAAAUUUGUCACACAUGCACGUCACGCCAUAUUGGGAAUCACUUGUUUAAAUAAAUAUUUUAAUAUAUUUUAAUUACUCUAAAUUAUUGUACCAAAAAUAAAAAUCACACUUAAUAUAUUUGGAUCUGUGUUUUAAAUGUGAUUUAUUGAUUCGACUCUUUUAUUUAUCAAUUUUAAAGGUAAUAUAAUGCGAUUGGUCGAAUCGUGUUUAUUAUGGACUACUAAAAAAAAGAAAAGACUUUAUAAUUUUUUUUUUUUCCGCGAAUGUCAAAAUUAAUUAUUUUUUUAAAAAAAAUAUAUAAUUUUUAAA